AUGAACGAUCUACCGGACGAGAUACAGCACAUCACGGAAGGAUUCGUACCGUUGGGAUUGUUGCUUUCGCGACUGGCGCAGAAGACCCAUAAUGAGCUACAGGGGAAAAUCUUGAGGCUGGCUAAGAUCCCGCUGCCCGCAGCUGCUGUGAAUGGGAAUUCAGGACAUCCUGGCAGCCUCCCCGACGACACGUCCGAAGCGAACAAGAACAAGAAGCUCGAGUUGCUCAAUUUCGUCCAGGAUACACAUGCAAAAUGGACAAAGGCUUUGGUCAUAUCGGCCUGGAGCAGGAAGGCGCCGAUUGUCAGCAAACUGAUUGACUUGAUGCACCACAUUACGAUGCAACGAGUAAGCUACGAUGAAAGCAUUGCCUACUUGAUCGCCGUAAAGCGAGAUCUCACCUUCUCCCGAUUGCCAAAUCCCGAUCUUCAAACCGCCCUCCAACUCCUCUCGACAGGCGACGCGCCAUGGAUGCCCGACUUGCACUACAUCGAACCGCCUCCGCUGUCCGCAAAGGAACAGAUGGAAUGGGUCGAGGAGCUGAAUACCCUGCUCUCCAUGCGUCUCAAUUUGGAGGAGCAUGAAAAGAUCCCGUAUCACUUCCGCGACUACAAGAUAGACUCGGGACGAGUCACCUUCAGAGUCGACGGGGAAUUCGAAGUUGAUCUCACCAUAGCUGAUGAGGAUUUCGAAAAGCAGUUCUGGUUUAUCGACUUUCGGUUUCUGUUUACCCCGGCGCCUUCGGAGCUGACGGAUACCUUGCGAAUGUAUCUUGAGGCGCGGGUGAAUGAGAUUCUUGAGAAAGAUGGCCUGCAAGGAUGUUACAAGUUCCUCCACGAAUUCGUAUUGACCCACAAGAUCACCGAAUUCGUCCGACAAGCGUUUGAGCUCGCACGAGGCCGCUGGGUGGAUACGCUCAAGGUGGAACGACUCAACAGAGCCAUGUCGAUACAGUACUGGACCAGCCGCUUCCCUGCCGAAGGUCCCAAGAGUUGGAUUAUCGUGGGGGUUCAUAGCAGCAAGAAGCCCGGCGCUGCUGCUGCGGAUCCCAAAACCACCAGCCAUCUGUUCCUACGGUGGUUUAAGGACAACAAAGAAGUAAAAGAUGCCACCAUUGCUCUUGACGACGCCAACAUCUCCACAGAAAAACUACUGCAGAGAGUUAUUGGAAGGCACGUUGAGUGCAUGCUCUCAACCAUUCAUGACAAACUUCAGGUUAAGGGCCGAUUCGUCAGACGGGAGGCUGCUUUGAGUCUGCAGACAUUCCCGGACAAUCCCAUGGAAUCGUCGUUGAAGAUGCAGCUUGGCCAUGAGGAUUCCGUUCAUGUUCGGGUUUCCCCAAUCAAUGGGCUCUUCUCGAUGACCCCGCAGACCAAUCCCGUGCUGCGUGCAGAGAAACAGCUAAACACGAGAGUGAACGACCCAUCGGAGGACGCACACAGUUUUCUAGAAAAGUUGAGGUGCGAAUGCAUGUUGGACGAGGUGCGUCGUCGUGGGAAAAGCCUGGGCUGGACCAUCCCCAAAGCCCCAAUCAAACCAGACGAUAUCAAGCAGCUGCUUAAAACCAGAGAGCCUUUCCAGUACAUCUUUCUCAAGAAGGAUGGCUGGCCUUCGCAAUGGUAUACGAUGCUGAGUCUGAGUCUGAACGGGGACAAAUGGUGGUUGGUCGAAGUUACGGAGAGCCGCACCGGUCCACGGAUAUCGACAAGUGCCCACAUACCUCUGAAUAUGAAUCUACCAGAUCUUACCGACAGGUUCUUCUCAAAUCUCAAUAUCUUUAGUGCCGCAAUGAUGUCGCAAGUUAUUAGCGAGAAAGCCAUGCAUGACAGGCACAUUAAGUACUUCAACGUCGACAUGGCCAAACGCUCCGGGAGUCGCGGGCUCAAAUGCCCGGGACUGCUCGUCAAGUUUACCGACGUGCUCAAGUCGAUGCAGCCAGGCGGAACUAAACGAAGCGCGUCCUGGGCCACCGACUUGGUGUUGGUCGUGUUCAAAGGCAUCCAGAAACCAUCCAGAGCCCACAAAGCAAUAUCUGCGCCGAACGCUACAACUGGCCAAGUUUCCAGCCCAGAUCGUCUUGUCGCCGUAGUAGACGCGCGUUUCCAGGUGGCCGACCGCACCAAAUUCAGUUUGCUGAAGAAGGGCAAUGUCGAACGCGACGUGGCGUACAACCCCGUCCUGGGCGUUUUUGCCCUUCGCCUGGAAGCAGAACUCGGUAGCACCAUCUUGAACCCACUGUCGCUGCGCUUGCAUGCGAUCGAAAGACUUGUCGAUUGUGUGGACGCGAUUGGUCGCAGCAACACUGAUAUCAAAUGCGAGACGAUCACGUUGAACAAAAUCGUCUUCACAUAUAGUGAUGCAAUCGGCCGCAAGGAUGGAUCCAAGGUGGAAGCGAACCUUGAUCGGUGGAAGGCAACCUUGGAUCUUUCGAACGACGUCAUCAGGAUGCAUCUGGAGAAGGGUAAUCCUCAUCUUCGGUGUCUCGAUCUACUGAAUAAGCUACUCAACUCCGGUCUGGGCUUUGCCAAAGUGCCUCAGUACCUUGCGUUUACGCUUCCAGUCUUGAAAGCAUUGCGUGUCAUCGAGGAAGCAUGGACGGAACUAGAAAUGAAUAACCAAGGACAAAUCGAGGUGUUCCCAAUAGCUCUGGACUGGUUCGACAUGCGAUACACUAUGUCCGGGCCGAACACGGAGUCGCGGCGAUUGAGCUUACAGCUGAGACUCAAGGAGCGCCGGGGUCAAUACUGGUGGUUUGUCCAACGACAAGAAGUGGGUGGGGACGGCAGCGAACCAGACGAUGCGUUCAAGUCAGUUCUCACCAGUGUUUACGAGGCAAAGGAUCGAGAGUGGCAAAGCUUUAUGACGAGUGCGACAUGCGAAGCUGAUGAUCGUAUCGGGGCUUUGCUGAAGGCUAUAGAUGCGGCUGUUCAAUCAAUGGCUGUGCAAUUUUCGCCGUCGAUGGCGAAGGGAUCACUGAAGCAAAGGCCGCAGGUCAUGCAGAGGCCGAAUAGGCCUCGACCGCCGCAACAGCAGCAGCAGUCUGGAAACGUAGUGAUUCUGGACUGA